GGACCACAUAUUUAUGAGCGCAAAGGAUAGAGGAUAGAGUAUAGAGUUUAGAGUAACACAGGAAGAAAGUGAGAGGCAUGAAGGGUUAUGAGCCCCGUUCAAGCUCUUCAUGUGCAGCUUGCAAGUUAUUGAAGAGAAGAUGCGUACCCAAUUGUAUUUUUGCACCUUACUUUAGGUCUGAUGAGUGCAAGAAGUUUGCCAAGGUGCACAAGGUUUUUGGAGCCAGCAAUGUCAGCAAGAUCUUGAUCGAAGUGUCGGAAGAGCAGAGAGAGGACACCGUCAAUUCUCUCGCGUAUGAGGCCGAGGCAAGGCUCAGAGACCCCGUUUAUGGAUGCAUUGGUGCCAUAGCUCUGUUGCAGAGGAAGAUGGUCGAGCUUCAACAUGAUCUCGCCAUUGCUAAGGACCGUCUUGCACGAUGUCACGCUGCUGCUACUGUUCUCCCUUCUCCUGAUAUCUUGCAUGCCCAUGUUAGCCUCCCUCCAUUCCCUGACUUUUGCACUUCCUCCAAUGAUUUCAAUGAUAUCUUCUGCCACAGUUCGUCAUCUCAAUUAUUCAGCCGCCACGAAACGGUCGAUGAUUUCAACCAAAUCCCAUAUAUAUUUUAAUCUUAUGUAUGCAUGUUAUGGUCCCCUUUUCCAUGUAAUUGUUGUUAUCAGUCUUUCUAAUCAAUCAUGAGCAGCUACGGUCUGAUGUAUGUGCUAAUGAAUAAGAACUCCAGGAGAAUGAAUAGGGCUGAAUUGAAAACUCUCAACCAAAAUGUAUUAUUGCUUUGUGUUGUUGAUUUGCUAAAUUUCACGGUUUCUACGCUGCUAUGGCAGCUAGCAACUGCUGGAAAAUGAUGGGUAUCUUGGCCUUUUUAGGUUCACUUUUGUAACAGCAUAUCAGUAAUAGGAUUUUCGUUGUUCCUGCUUUCCAA